CCGAGCCGAGCUGAGCUGAGCUGAACCAGUCCCACUGUCAGACAGGAGGCGCUCAGGAAUGACCUCUUAGCGCAUCUUUUAAUAAAGAAAAAAAAAAACGUUUUUUUUUUUUUUUCUUCUGUCUGAAAGGUUGAUCUCAUCCAAAUCGUGGACUCUACAGUUAUGAGGACCGAUGUUUGCAUCUGGCAGCUGCUUCUAAUCAGCCACACAGUUCUGGCAGUGGAACCGGUGGCCCAAGGCGUGGAGCAGAUCCCUGAAGAUAUGAACUGGUCCUACUCAGGUAGCCUGAACCAGCAGAUCUGGGGGAAGAGUUACCCGUCCUGUAAUGGUGCCCGGCAGUCUCCCGUGGACAUCAAUGAGAUGUUUACCCAAGUCAGGAUGCAGUUCCAGAACCUACAGCUAGAGGGCUGGCACAUACCGACUUCAGAGUCUACAACCAUCCAGAACAACGGGAAGACGGUGUCCAUCAAUAUAAAUGGAGACUUCUAUGUAACUGGAGGAGGCCUGAGCUCCAGGUUUCUUGUAUCGAGGCUUAGCUUCCAUUGGGGGCGCUGCAAUGCAUCAUCAGCUGGGUCUGAACACAGCCUCAACGGGAUGAAAUAUCCUCUGGAAAUGCAGAUCUACUGCUACAAUCCCAAUGAGUUUCAAAGUUUAGAUGAUGCAAUUGAGAAAGGAGGAAGAGUUGCUGCCUUGGCUGUUCUCUUUGAGGUAAGCCAGGAGGACAAUGAGAACUUCAGUCCUAUUGUAGAAGCCAUCAGUGGUGUGAGCAGAUUUGGUAAAAGUGGAUCAGUGGGGGCUUUCACCCUGAGGUCCCUGCUGCCCAACAUCACUGAUAAGUUCUACAUCUAUAACGGCUCGCUGACCACUCCUCCCUGCUCUGAAUCUGUGGAAUGGAUCGUCUUUAAACACACCGUGGCCAUAUCAGAUGCUCAGCUGGAGGUUUUUUGUGAUGUGAUGACCAUGGAGCAGGCCGGAUACGUGGUGCUCGCCGAUUACCUGCAGAACAACUUCAGGGAGCAGCAGCAGUUUAUGGGUCAGGUCUUUGCCUCCUACACAGGAGAGGAGGAUGUUCCCACACCCACGUGCAGCUCAGAGCCACAAAACGUCCAGGCUGACGCUCAGAACGACACCACCAUCGUGGUGACGUGGGAGCGUCCCCGCGCGGUUUUCGACACCACCAUCGACUGGUAUACCGUCACCUACGAGAGGCUGCAGGGCAGAGAUCAGAUCAAACAGGAGUACAGGACAGAUGGAGACCAAGAUGUGGGGGCCAUUAUCUCCAGUCUGCUGGCUAACAGCAGCUACGUGGUUCAGGUGGUGGCUAUCUGCACCAAUGGCCUCAAAGGACGAUGGAGCGAUCAGAUUAUAGUCGACAUGCCGUUAGAAGACCCUGAGAGCGAUCAGCCCCCUGACACUGUAGCAAAGGAAGCUGAAAGUCACAGGGAGGCUUUAGAUGUAGCUAUAUUGAAGAGGCCAGAGAACAAGAAUAACCUGGAUUUGGCUUCUGAAGAUGAUAUUCCAGAGGAGGAAAUCCCAGCUGAUCAGACAAGAGUUUACCAGAUCCAACCUACCCAACACCAAAGACAGCCCACGGAUCAAACAGAAGCAAACCAGCAAAUUCCAGUCCAGACUGGUGAACAAUUAACCCCAAAAACCCCAUCUGAAUCUGUGGAUUUACAAAAGGCUGAACCGGAUGAGAAAGUAGGAGAGAAAACCAAGAGUCCAAACAGGAUGACCCCUCCAGGUCGCAGUCAGAACUGGAUAGAGGAUGAUCAGCUGAUCCCGGCAAACCCGCCUUUUACAAGACCAAACUUUGACAGCACCAGUGCAAUUUGGGUUAACCGGAUAACCGAGGAGCCAGGACUUCUGUUUCCGGUUGCUCGGACAACGAUGGCACCACCGAAUCGUCGGCAUAUGACAGAAGAGGCGUCGUUGUCGGUUCCACCUCAGUAUGUGGGUCUGUAUCCACCACAGCCAACAGAUCAAGACCUGUCAGAAAAAGAAGGCGAAAAUACCCCCUCUAAGUUUGACCUGUCCACCCCUCCAAUGAGGGACACCCAGGUCACAGAUAUCUUCUAUGAAGACACAGUCACCAGCUCUCCACUGGAAAUCACCAACUUCCCUCCUACAGUAUCUGUUCCUGUGGUGCCCGGUACUGAAGUGCACAGAGACUCCCGAAUAAACCCUGAAGAUCGAGGAUCUGGUGUAAACAAACCUCUUCGAAAACCCAUCAGCUCAUUUUCAGCCACGUCCAACUCGGAAUGGAUAACGGAGAAUGUAGCGACAGCAGGAAACACCCUGUCCGACUCACUCUAUAAAUCCUUCACCACCUCGUCUUUGCUCAGAGGGCUGAUGCACACCACUCAGCCCCUGUUCAAUGCAAAUACCCCAAUAUCCAGGUCUGAGGAUUCAACGGCUGCUUCAGACUCCUCCAGCCAUCUUACAGAGACAACCAUAAAAGCCAUGCUCUCUGUCCAUGAUGGAUUCAGUUCAGCAUCUUUACCCCUGAAAACUCUCCCUCAAUCUACCAACACUUCCCAUCUCAUGUUCUCUGAGAAGAACUCAUUAAACCCUUCGCCCCAGGAUGGAGAAAAACAACAGAUCUUUACUAGCUCGACUUAUGACGAUCCUCUUAAUACCACUAACUCUGUUUUUUUACUCUCUAAUAAUCUAUCCGCUAUUGCCCAGCUAUCGAAAGCAAACCAGCUUGAGGAAAACAGUUUAAACACCUCUCAGAUUGACAGCAAGCAACAAGAAAUUGCUGAAUUCUUAGGGCAGUUAGAUAAGAAUGAAGAUGGAUCUAGUGCAGAAACAGAUGGGGGUGAUGUUUAUGGUCAUUUUAACAUGUCUUUACUUGAAUUAAGGGGUUUGGUUUUAACAGAGGAGAGUGGAUCAGGCUCUGGUGAUGACAGCAGCGGAGAAUCUGAUACUUUUUCCACAUUUAUAAGUUCAGCUUUGAGCUUAAGCACGGAUGAUACUCCAGGAAAGGGCAUAGUGCCAGAAAGGACGAUAUCUGCUGCAAGAGAUGAAGGCGGGAUCAGUCGUAAAAGGUGUAAAGAGAAGAAAAAUGAGAUAAGUAUUGAAGAAAAUGAAGGCAAGGCCAAAGAUGAACGGGAAAUCAAGGUAGAGGGUGGGAGUGGGGCUGAAGAUGGCAGUGGUUCUGGAGAACAAGCAGCUGUUAUUGGAAACUUAAAUCUAGAGCAGGUUGGUGGUGAUCAGGAACCCUUCAAAGCUCGACCUGAAAACAAACAAACGUCUCAGAGAAAUGGAAAACUCCAGCUAACAAUCUACAGUCAGCUAACAUCUAGGGAAACUGCACCUACACCAGACCAAGCACGAUUUAUGACCAGCGAUGAGAAUCCUUACGUUGGCGGUCAUGAAGAGGACCGUGAAGGAGGAUCUGGUUAUGUUACUGAAGACGCUUUCUCAAACACAGCUGGUUCCCUUCAUGCUGCAGAGAGCUCUGUGUCAGAGCUCGGAUUCACUGACAACCCCCAAGGAAAACAGGAACAGACCGAAGAGGGCAGCAACAGCAGCCAUGAGUCCCGGAUCGGGUUGGUCGAAGGUGUGGAGAAGGACAAAAGGACGGUGGUCCCUCUGGCUGUUGUCUCCACUCUCACCGCUCUUUGUCUGCUGGUACUAGUGGGUAUACUCAUCUACUGGAGAAACUGUUUCCAGACUGCUAACUUCUACCCGGAUGACCCCGCAUCACCUAAAGUCCUCUCCGUUCCCUCCACGCCCCUGCUGCUUGCUGCAGAUUGCCACGAGCCGCUGACUAUAAAGCAGUUUGUCAAGCAUGUCCUGGAGCUCCACAGCACCAACACCUUCUCCAAGGAGUUUGAGAUUGUGAAAGAGUCGUUUGAGGAGGUGCAGGCGUGUACAGUCGACAUGGGCAUCACUGCCGACAGCUCGAAUCACCCCGACAACAAAAGCAAGAACCGCUACAUUAACAUACUGGCCUACGACCACAGCAGAGUGAAGCUCUCCAACAGUUUGGAUAAAGAUGGAAAAUGUGGGGACUACAUUAACGCUAACUACGUUGACGGUUAUGAGCGAACGAGGGCAUACAUCGCAGCUCAGGGCCCCCUGAAAGCAAGCAGAGAGGAUUUCUGGAGGAUGAUCUGGCAGCAGAAUGUUGGCGUUAUUGUCAUGAUCACCAAUCUGAAGGAGAAAGGACGCACAAAAUGCGACCAGUAUUGGCCAGAAGAGAACCAAGAGGAAUACGGUUCCUACCAAGUGACUAUGAGAAGCACCAAGACUCUAGCCUACUACACACUGCGGACGUUCUCAGUCAGGGACACAGCGAAUAAGAUGCCACAAAAGAAAGUUGAACACACAGUCCUGCAUUUCCACUACACCCAGUGGCCAGACAUGGGCGUCCCAGAGUACACCCUACCUGUGCUGUCCUUCAUCAGAGCGUCGUCUCAGGCCCGAACGCAGGAGAUGGGCCCCGUUCUGGUGCAUUGCAGCGCUGGUGUGGGAAGAACAGGAACCUACAUUGUGAUUGACAGCAUGAUGCAGCAAAUUCAGGAUCAGGGAACUGUGAAUGUUUUGGGCUUCCUGAAACACGUCCGGACACAGAGGAACUUCCUGGUUCAGACGGAGGAGCAGUACGUUUUCAUCCAUGAUGCUCUGGUGGAGGCCAUCCUCAGCCGGGAUACAUCGGUCACCGCGGACCUUCUCCACGGUUACGUCUCUAAUCUCCUCAUUCCAAGCGCCACAGGGAGAACGCGCAUGGACAAACAGUUUAAGCUGAUUAGUCAGCGUCAGGCUAAGCAUGCAGACUACAGCACUGCCCUGAAGGACGGCAACGCUGAGAGAAACAGAGCGAGAGCGCUGAUGCCUGUUGAGAGAUCGAGGGUUUCUCUGACGGCUUCAGACACCAACUCCACCGGCUACAUCAAUGCCUCCUAUGUUAUGGGACACCACUGCUGUAGAGAGUUCAUAGUGAGUCAGACUCCUCUGAGCAGCACAGUGGAAGAUUUCUGGAGAAUGAUCUGGGAGCACAGCACCAACACGGUCGUCUGUCUGCAGGACUCACACAGUCAGAAUGAAAAGAGGGAUUGCAGCGUCUACUGGCCCAGUAAAGACCUGCCGAUGAGCUUUGAUGGUUUCACCGUGUCGCACACAGGGGAGGAGCUUGUCCACCUGACCAACGAUGAGAAACUUCUUGUGCAGGAUUUUACGAUGCAGUCUACUCAGAAUGAUUGCAUCUUGCUCGUUCGUCAGUUCAGACCCCCCUGCUGGCCUAAUCCAGACAGUCCCAUCAGGAACAGUUUUGACCUCAUCGGCGUGGUCACAGAGCGCUGCAGACACACACGGGAACCUGUGGUCGUACACGAUCCUUUGGGGGGAGUUACAUCGGGGCUUUUCUGCGCUCUCACCACCCUUUUCAACCAGUUAGAGGAGGAGGGAGCGGUGGACGUCUACAUGGUGGCACGGAUGACAAACCUCAUGAGACCUGGGGUUUUUAAUGACAUUGAGCAGUACCAGUAUCUCUAUAGAGCCAUGCUGAGCCUGGUGAGCAGCCAGGAGGACCAGAGAGCCCUGCAGAGUCCAGAGACUAACGGGUCUGUACCACUGGGACAGUCCAACACCACAGAGAGCCUGGAGUCGCUCAUGUAGACCCACUCAAAGUCUCACUCCAUGUGAAGGAACGUGUUGUCAGUUCAUGGCUGCAGAAAAUGAGCAUCAUCAGGCUUUAAUGUCCUGUACGCUCUUCACCCAACUUAACCAAUCAUUAUCGUUCUAAAACAGAGCAGGGAGGCUGAAACGCUCCUGCUGCUCCACUCUGGGAGGCUGUUUGCUAUUUAAAGGCUGUUUCCUGGCAUACUUUAACAGAUCUGUCAGCUUAGAAAGGACAGGAUCAUUAUUAGAUACUGCCUCUAAAACCACCACUUGUUUAUGUUUUGGUUAGGUUUAUGUCAUGAAAGCAGCAGAACAAAUGUCCGGUUAUGAUGGAAAAAACUCUUUAAAGUACAUUUUAUCCGAACUUCCUGUCACUUCUAUUGUUUUAAAAACUAUUAGUUCUUCUUAUGCACCCCGCUUGGGAUAAGAGGACAGAAAAUGGAUGGAUGGGUGGAUAGUUCUUCAUAUGCUUUGAUACAAACAACUAAACAUCAGAUUAAACUCCAACAUAUAUUAGAUCCAAUCCGUCUAUCAUUUGUUCAUUUGUUUUUCAAACUGAACCAAUGAAAAAACAAGAAACUGUCUUU